ACAAAGAAGAAGAAGAAAAAAUUCAUUGUCUGACUUUGUUUUAGAGUUGUUGGAACAGAAAGAAUAUAUCAGCUAAUGUCGAAGUUUAAAGGUGGUCCUAGAAUAGUGAGGUUAGUUUCUUGCUUCUUAAGUUUUAAGAAUACGUCAAGGUUUCAUUCAAAUAACAGCAAGUGUAGUACGUGUGGGUUCUUCUAAUAACAACUUGUUCUUUUGCUGCUGAAGAAUCUAAGUAGUCUUAACUCUUUAUUAUGCAGCUAGUGAUUCAGAAAACAUCUUAAACUCCAAACUUAGUUUCACAGAUAAAGUCAUAAUCUGACUAUUUCUUUCUCUAGACACUCCAUUCUUUAACCAAGGGAGGACGGCCCACGGUCUCGAGGGAGCUUCGGCUCCAAUACGGACCCGGUUCGAAUCCCGCUGGCACUAGGGGCAAAAUUUAACAUUUGGGCUCUCCCAGCGUCUGGUGACUGAAGCAUAAUCCGGCUGAUAAAGUAAGCUGUUACAGAUACUCGCCGCUAGUUUGGACCCACUUCGAUGGAGGUCAGGAUAUACCGGAUUAUUCAAAAAAAAAACUCAUGACUUUUUUUCGCUAUAAAUUUUAAACUCGUACAAUAUGGACCUAUUUUUAACAAAACACCCAAUUAAAUGUGUUGUACCAUCUCAGAAAAUGUUUAAUACCAUAAAUAAUAUAAUCUAAAUGUUUUAUGUUUUUAGAUAAUUGUUUUUAAAUAUACUAAGAUCUAAAAUUGUAAAUCUAAAGUAUUAAUAGCCUUGUAUUUCAUAUAACUUUUUAGACCACUUUUCACAUAAUUUUUUUUAAAUGGUAGAUCUAAAGUAUGGUAAAUCUAAAGUAUUAAUAGCCUUGAAAGUCUUAUAUUUCAUAUUUUCUUAAACUAUUGUGUUUUAAAGUUGUAAUAAUAAGCAAAUGGUAUUAUACCCUAAUAUAGUUCUGAGAGUAAAGAUGAUCAACAACAUACCACAAAGUAUGACUAUUACUUUCUUAUAUUAUAUAUAACUAGAAGCCACACACGUUUCCUUAAGAAAACUAUCAUACUCGAAAAUCUAAACCAAAGUAAAGUUUAACGUCAUGGAGAUAGAGCUAGUGUUCAUACCUUCACCAGGCAUCGGCCAUAUCCAAUCAACAACGUCGAUGGCAAAGCUUCUUGUAGCCAGCGACGAUCGCAUUUUCAUCACUCUCAUCAUCAUUCCUUCACAGUUCUCCAGCGACGCUUCUUCUUCUUACCCGAAGUCCGAAUUAGACCGUCUCCGAUAUUUUCACCUCCCUGUAGGAGAUCAAACAACUCAGCAAACAUUCAUCUCUUACAUAGAGAGCCAGAAACCACACGUCAGAGCCGCCGUAUUGGAACUCACUAAGAACGUUCCUAAACGAUCUGGCUCGCGGCGCCGCCUCGCGGGGAUUGUUUUAGACAUAUUCUGCAUGUCCAUGAUAGACGUCGCGGAAGAGUUUAACUUACCGGCUUAUACAUUCUACACGUCCAACGCUUCUUUUCUAGGACUCCUCUUCCAUGUUCAGUCUCUUUACGACAAUAACAAGCUCGACGUAAGCGAGUUAAAGAACUCAGACGCUGAGUUUGACGUUCCCACUCUCACUCGUCUUUUUCCGGCAAGGUGCUUGCCUUCAGUGAUGAUAAGCAAAGAAUGGCUCCCAUCUGUUUUGGCUCGAGCUAGGACGUUGAGAGAAACUAAAGGUAUAUUAGUAAACUCGUCUGGGGAGAUGGAACCUCAGGCGCUAAAGUUUUUCUCCGACAUGAAGAGUAAUACUCCUCCGGUAUACGCGGUGGGACCAAUCUUGGACUUUAAAACCGACGAUGGAGAUGAGAAAGGGACGGAGAUUUUACGUUGGCUAGAUGAGCAACCGUCGAGAUCAGUGUUGUUCCUCUGCUUUGGAAGCAUGGGAGGGUUCGGUGAGAAACAAGUGAGAGAAAUAGCUGUGGCGCUGGAGAGAAGUGGCUACCGCUUCCUUUGGUCACUCCGACGCCCUUCUCAUUUGAGACACAUGAAUGGUUCUCCUCCCGAGGAGUUCAAAAACUUGGAGGAGAUUCUCCCGGAAGGGUUUUUAGAUAGGACCGCAAAGAUCGGGAAGAUAAUAGGUUGGGCUCCACAAACAGCUGUUCUCGAGAGUCAUGCGAUAGGAGGUUUCGUGACUCAUUGUGGAUGGAACUCGAUUCUCGAGAGUGUUUGGUUUGGUGUUCCGACAGCGGUCUGGCCUAUCUUCGCUGAGCAACAGUUCAACGCGUUUCAAAUGGUGGAGGAGCUUGGUUUGGCGGUGGAUAUUAAGAAAGAAUAUCGGAGAGAUUCUUUGUUGGAAGAGCCGGAGAUGGUGACGGCCGAGGAGAUAGAGAAAGGGAUCAAGUGUGUGAUGGAGCAGGAUAGUGAGAUGAGGAAGCGGGUCAAGGAGAUGAAGGAUAAGCUCCGCACGGCGUUGCUGGACGGUGGAUCUUCCAAAGCUGCUGUGAAGAUGUUUGUCAAGGACGUGGUCGAAAACAUUCCAAAUAAUGUAUUUUGAUGGUCGUGGAGGAGUGAAUAAGGACAUAUCUUAAAUGGGAUAAUUACUAGUAUCAAUAUCAUUGUUAAGUGUUAUCCGGUAACCAAUUACUUAUGUCCCAACAAACAACAGUUAUGGCAAGGAUUCUUGAAUUAGUGUAAUUUGUCAAUAACAAUGUCGUUAAAGUUUAAAUGGGAGUCAAGAAAAACUGUCACGAAUAAAGAAACAAUGCUUAGACAAAGGCAUCAACACACCAAAUAUAUCAUGUGAAGUUAAAACGAGUCGAUUCUAUUAGACUACAGGAUAACAAUAUUCAAUAGACAUGCAGCGUUAAAGACUCGGUUUAAAUUAGCUUCAUAUGGUU